AUGGCCGACAAGUUGUGGCACAGCAAAGAGCGAACCAACAGAGGGAACCUUACUGCAACCGGUGCUCCAUGUUUCACAUUGGGGAGUGCAGAGUCAGAGGCAUUCGAUGUGACGCCUGAUGGAAUUCAAGUGGACCCAGCAAAGGCCCAGGCUGUGCAAAAUUGGAAAUCGCCGAAAAUGUUGAGUGAAAUUCGCAGUUUCUUGGAAUUGGCGGGAUACUACCGACGUUUCAUCGAGCGAUUCUCUAAAAUUGCAAGACUGAUGACGCAAUUGUUGAAGAAGGGAAUCAAAGUAGUUUGGACGCCGGAAUGCGAGGUGAGUUUCCAACAGUUGAAAGAGAAAUUGACUACAGCACCUGUCCUAGCGGUGCCGGAAACCGACAAGGACUUCGCUGUCUACACUGACGCGUUGAAAGUAUGA